GCGUGUCAAAGGUACAGAGCAGCCGGCAACGAGGUGCACAACAACAGCAGCACGAUUCCCACGUCCAAGCGACGACGAUGCGCCUCCGAGAGCCCUCUACGUGGAGGAAUAGCGCGCUCGUGCUUGGCUUCCUCCUCGCGACUGCCAUGGGCGACGGCUGCGGCGUGGCCAAGACGACGCUCACAGCGCGCUGCGGCUUUGUCGUCACGUCGCCCGACGACAAGCGCGUCUGCGCCUACGACCCAUCGAGCUGCAAGCCGAUCAUCAAGACCGACACGUGCGCUGGCAGCGACGGCAACCAAUAUGGCAACUUCACGAGCUACCUCUGGCUGUGCUCGUAUAGCACGUCCCAGUGCCAAGACGUCUCCAACAGCGUCUCCGAUACGUUCAAUAAGGUCUAUAGCGACCACCAAGAGACGUACAAGAACGCAGUCUUCUUCAGUAAUGCCAGGAGCAUCCAGGAAACCGGACUCUACUGCUACGAUACGUCGUCCAAGCAAGAGCUUGGCGUCGUCGCCAUCGCGAGCUCGCGCCACUGCAUUUACGACACCAGCUGCAACGUCGCGCCAUGGACGGACGCCACGAAAGCGGUCGACAUCGUCAAUGACUACUACACGGUCAACUCGUCCAUGGUGCUCAGCGGCCUUGGGAUCACAGCGCUCGGGCCGGACCUCGCUUCGGACUUCAACAAGAACAACACUUACUCCAACCUGGAUUUGACCAAGAACCAGCUCACGGACCUCGCGAGCACCAAGUUUCCAACCUCGCUCAUGGUCAUGGAUGUCUCUCAAAACAACUUGACGUCGAUCGCCAAGAUCCAAGCCACGAAUCUCAACGCGCUGCGCGCGUCGUCCAACGCCAUCACGACCAUUGGCGAGCUGCCGUCCGGGCUAUGGAGCCUUGUCCUCGAGUUCAACCAAAUCACAACGUUGGAUGCAUCGAGUCUCCCGCCGCAGCUCAUCACCUUGAACCUCUUCAACAAUGAGCUCACGUCGGUGCGCGGCAGCUUUCCGUCAAGCUUCAAGAACUUGAUUCUGCCAGGCAACAAGCUCACAACCUUCCCGGCCGAGUCGCUCGGCGCCAACCUCGAGCAGCUCGACCUCGGCUCCAACCAGCUCGCCAAAAUGCCCGACCUCUCCAAGCUCGCAAAGCUCGCAAUCGUCAAGCUGCAAAACAAUGCACUCACGUCGCUUGGCGCAUUUCCGAGCAACGUGACGACCAUCUUUGCCGGGAGCAACAAGCUCACGUCGUUUCCGACGAACCUGCCGCCCAGUGUCCAAGCGCUCGAUCUCUCGCUCAGCAACGUUGCGUGGCAACUUGCACCCAAUGUGCUCCCUCUGAACGUCACCAACCUCAACCUGUCGGGCAACCCGGUUCGAGACGGCUUUUUGAAUGCGUCGCUGCUGCCAUUCCAGUUGAAGUCGCUCGACCUCUCGGCGUGCGGCAUUGCCUCGAUCGUGGGCGACUUUCCGCCGCAGCUGACGCGCGUUCUAUUGAGCGGGAACCCGAUCGCGUCAUUUCCGCUCUCGACAGCCACCGCGACGCUCUUCCGCGCGAUCCCCAACGGCCUCGUUUUGCCCGAGAAGAUCUUGUCGCUCAAUUGCUCGACGUCGUCGCAGCUCAAGCUUCUCGCUGGCAACGCGACGGUCGUGUUUUGUCCGGAUGCCACGUACAUUGCGGCGGGCAGCGACGUCGUCUCGUCCAGCAAAGGAUGGUUCUUUGGCGUCGGCGCCGGCGUCGUGCUCGUUGUCCUCGUCGCAGUCGUCGUCUUGUAUCGCAAGCGGCUCGUGCGCUCGAAAGCGCUCUCCAAGCUCCUCGAAGAUUUCGCGUCCAAUCGGUCGCGCCAAAGCAAGCUCGACUCGAUGGCCGGCUUUGAGUUUACGGCUACCCCCGGUAUCGCCGAGUCGGCCGCAGGACUGUCACGUUUUGAAACCGACUUGCUCGACAGCGAUCUUGCCGAGCAUCGGAUCCCGCUCAAUGACGUCAAGAUCUUGGGCCCGCUCCACGGCAAGCACAAGAAUGCCUCGGUGCCGGGCACGAUGAUGCUGUACAAGGCCGAGUUUGACGGCCGCCUCGUUGUCCUCAAGACGCUCAUGACCGACACGCACGCAACUGGCGCGCUCGCGGCCCAAGCCGACGCGUUCCUUGCCGUCAUUACGCUCCGCGCUCGCUUGGACCACCCCAACAUUGUCACGUUUAUCGGAGCGGUGUGGAGCAGCAACGUGCGCAAGGGCAUGCUGGGCUUUGGCUUCCUCUCCGAGCACAUGGCCAAAGGCGACCUCGGGCGCCUCCUCACGCUCGACCAGUCGCGGUCGUCGGCCGAGAGGCUCUUCAAGUGGAUGCCGCGGAGCUCGAACGCGCUCCCCAAGCUCUCGCUCGUCAGCGACAUUGCCCUAGCAAUCGUGUGCUUGCAUUCGUUUGCGCCGGCAAUCAUGCACCGCAACCUCCACGCGCGGCACGUGCUCUUGACGGACGAGUACGUCGCCAAGCUCAGCGGGUUUCGGCCACAGGACGACGACGAGAGCGACGACGCGGCGCCGCGCUUCGUGCCCGAUCGCCUCUUGACGCCGCCUGAAGUGCUCAAGGGCGACGAGUGGACCGAGAAGGCCGACAUUUAUGCGUUUGGGAUUCUCAUUUGCGAAGUCGACUUGGGCCACCACCCGUAUGCACAUACGAUCAAGACGGGCGACGCCGAAGACGCGAGCCAGCAGAUCGCGACACUGGUCAUGGCCGACUUGCUCCAGCCCACGUUCUCGGUCGAGUGUCCGAUUGACGUGCAGGACGUGGCGAAGAAAUGCCUCGCGCAUUGCGCCGAGGACCGUCCGUCGGCCGUGCAAAUGGAGUACUGGCUGCGGAAGCUGCGCUUAUCGUACUGAGAGCCCUAUACAUAAGUAUCUAUACCAAUGUGAUCCCGAAUAGUCGAGGCGGCUAGGAUAUAUCGACAUCAAUCGGAUCUGCCG